AGAAUUUGGUUUGCCAAAUAUCUGAUUUUAUACCCGCUACCCAUAGAGUAAAAGGGUAUUUUACCUUUGUCCGUUCACAAUAGAUAGAGAUAUAAUUAUUUUUCGACAGAAUUUGUUGUUUGUACGUAUUCAAGUUUGUUUCAAAUUUUUGCCAUGCCCACUUCCACCCCCGCAAACCAAGCUUAAUUAUACCCGCUAGCCAUAGGGUAGAAGGGUAUUAUAACUUUGUGCCGGCAGGAAACAGGUAGAAGGAAGCAUCUCCAGCCUUAUAAAGUAUAUAUAUAUAUUCAAAAUGGGUAGCGGGUACCUCACAGUCGAGCACACUCGACUGUAGCUUUCUCACUUGUUUUCAGUUGAUUUUUUUCUAUUGCCUUUGCUACGCUUCUUCUUCCUGUUUGAAUUCGUUUACUUUUUAACCCCUAAACAGCUGUUCGCGGGUUGCAGUUUUGGUGUAAACUCUUGCGUCAUUGAAAGAGAUAGAUAAGAGUAUCAAUUAAUUAAUAACAAUCAGAAUAUUAAAUUGCACCGAAGGUUAUCAGUGCUACUAAUAGGAAGAAUUUAACUUUGGAUUGCUAAAAGAAUAAUGUUAUGAGUUAUUGGUGGACUGCUUUAUUGGCGAGAUAUUGGUGACGGUUUUAAAUGUAUGUAUGUGAACGGUCUUGCGGCCUAUUUGAGUUGAAUAUAAUUUCUAUUAGAUCCGGUGUUAAUUGAUAUUUUCAGUAUUUCUCCGCUUCUCACUUGUCAUUCAAAACAUGGCAAUAUUAUUCUAAAACAUUGAGAAGUAUGUCAUACCAUGGAGCCGCCGACCAGAGCCGCCCCGCACCAACUCCUCCGGAAGUGUCAGCGGUUCCUCAGGCUGACAGCGGAGAAACGGUUGAGAGCAGUACUGAUUAACAAGUACUGCUCUAACUGUCGGGCUCACCAACACUCCGGGCAAUCCUGCCGCAGCGCGGGAAGCUGCAGGGUGUGUCAGAAGGACCACCACACGCUCAUGCACUUGAAGGAGGCACGCAGCACUCGCCCCAGUCGUCAGCGUCGACGCGACGGCCGACCGGAACCGAAUCAGUCUUCAGCUCCAGCACGGUCUCGAUCCCGCUCGCCGUCUCCCCAUCGACCGGCCUCACCUCCGCCCGAGGGGGCUUUCCCGACGUCGCUCACAUCCUUGUUGCAGGGUAAGGCUGUGAGCAUCCUUCCGAUCGACACCGGAUGUAAAACGUUCGAGAUGAGAGCACUGAUCGACCCGUGCACUGCGACCAGCCGCAUCAGCGCAUCAUUGGCAAUGGCCUAUCGGCUAUCCGUCACCCGCGUUGGUACGGAGGGCGUCUGCACGGCGAUCAUCCCCUCGCGGACAUCCAAUUUCCGUCGAAAGGUGUUGGUGGAUUCUCAACUCUGCCGCCGCACCCCCCUCCGACCUGUCGAUGGCGAUAAAACCGUUUGCAACUCAUUGCAAUGGGGGAAGGAUGUUGAUGCCAGAUGACUGCAGGUGCGACCACUCAGACCAGCUGACAGUGUGGUCGCGAUCGAGUGUUAUCGAUAGCGACAAAAGCUAGUAUGCUGUGCGCAGCUAUACUGAUCUAGGUUUCCUCUCGUGAUGGUCACCCUGCAUACUUUAGUGCUUUUUCCUUUUUUUACCAUAUGUUCUCCACCUACUUUCGUUGUGCGCUACAAGUGUUUUUUCAAGUGAGAAAAUAAAAACGUGCUGAUGUGAAGUUUUACAAAGUAAAAAUAUAAAAGUGC